GCCGGGACUGGGAGAGUGGCUGGUUGGAGGAAGUGGAUCACCUCUUCUGCAGUGGACGCUUUCGUUGGCGGUGGAAUUUUACAGUCCGAGUUCUCUGAAGUGUCUGAAAGGAAAGAAGGGCGGAAGUCAACUUAGCCCCAGCAGGAGAGCCGGAGCUCCCACCCAAAGUGGGAGGAAAUUCAGGGUCCUGAAGUCCUUGCUCUCCCUGUCUGCAUGCAGGCUGCUACCAUGAGGUUGAAUCAGAACACCUUGCUGCUGGGGAAGAAGGUGGUCCUUGUACCUUACACCUCAAAGCAUGUGCCCAGCAGGUACCACGAGUGGAUGAAAUCAGAGGAGCUGCAGCGUUUGACAGCCUCAGAGCCGCUGAGCCUGGAGCAGGAAUAUGCCAUGCAGCGCAGCUGGCGGGAAGAUGCAGAUAAGUGUACCUUCAUUGUGCUGGAUGCCGAGAAGUGGCAGGCCCAGCCAGGCGCCACUGAAGAGAGCUGCAUGGUGGGAGAUGUGAACCUCUUCCUCACAAAUCUAGAAGACCCCACCUUGGGGGAGAUCGAGGUCAUGAUUGCAGAGCCCAGCUGCAGGGGUAAGGGCCUUGGCACUGAGGCUGUUCUCAUGAUGCUGUCUUAUGGAGUGACCAGACUAGAUCUGACCAAGUUUGAGGCUAAAAUUGGGCAAGGAAAUGAACCAAGCAUCCGAAUGUUCCAGAAACUUCACUUUGAGCAGGUGGCUGUGAGCAGCGUUUUCCAGGAGGUAACGCUCAGACUGACAAUGAGUGAGUCCGAGCAUCAUUGGCUUCUGGAGCAGACCAGCCAUGUGGAAGAGAAGCCCUACAGAGAUGGGUCGGCAGAGCCCUGCUGAUGGCUGGGCCCUCUGAGCAGCCAACCUUGUGUGCAGGGUGUUGAGGCCACACCCUCCAAAGACCAGAGCCCAGCACUGGGAGAGUGCUUCUGGCCCAGCCCCACGCUGGGAAUCAUCCUUUGGAAUCACCCUGUGGCCUCCCUCCAGCUGGUGGUGUGGCCGAGCAGAGCAGACACCAGGGCCAGUCCCCUUCUCCCCUCCUGGCCAAACCCAAGACUCCAGGAGACUGGAAUGGAGGGCAGGAAUCCACAGGACAUGUCAGGGAUGAAGGUGGGAGCUGGAGGUGCAGGGGGCCUGGAGCAUGGAUUGGAGUGGACAGGCCUUUCCCCUUAGAGGCCAGAGGUACUGCCCUGACAGGGAGUGAAGCUCCAGGCACGGCCAGCUUUCCUUCCUUGUUUUCCCAUUUGGUUCGUGUGAAGAGCUACCAGGAGGCCCAGCCUCACAGUGUCCGGUCAAGUGCAGCUCGGCCCUCUUGUCCUGCAGAAGCAGGCUGGUGUGACCCACCUGGGAACAACAGGUGGUCCAGAGAGAGUGGCCUGGCCCCUCAACCUAGCAUCCCUCCUCCUCCUCCUCCUCCUCCUUCUCCUUCUCCUCCUCCUCCUGAGCCAGUCUUAAGUUUAGAGGCAUUAGUUUGGAUACACCUCCUUGUGGCUGGAGAACACUCCUCUGUUGAUGAAGCUCAGGGUCGCUGAGGAAGCAGAGGUCCCUCUGGGGUGCCCUCCUGAAGAGAGCGUCAGGCUGUCAGCUCUGUCUCUCUGGCAUUCCCAGGUCUGCUCUUCACGCUCUGCCUCUGGGAGCAGCUGCACCUGAUCAGGCCACGUGGGGGCAGCGGAGGCACAGGUGCAGGGUGGCUAGGCUACCUGGGACCUGUGGCUUACAAAGUAGAGCUGGGCCAGUCUCCCCGCCCUGAGGGGGGCACUCUGACUCCUAACAGUCUUCCAUGCCCUGCCAUCAUCUGGGGUGGCUGUCAAGAAAGGCCGAUCAUACUUUCAAAGCACAGCCACAGAAGGAGGCUUGCAGGGCAUUUCCGAGGUGGGGAAACAGUCUCAGAUAAAUAGGGUGACCUGCCCAAGGGCUCCCAACCCCCUUCAUCCUGGAGUCUCACACCAGUCUGCAUGUGAAAAACUGAAGCUGAAAACAUGCCUCCAUACAAAAUGAA